UGCUUGUCAGUACAGCUAUUUCGGUGACACGUAUACUUAAUAAUCUACUCAUGACAUUUGGGGUCAUAGCUUCCGGACAAGAUUUGAAGAAAUUUCUCUUGGUCACAGGGACAUUAGGAGCUAUCUCAUUUCUUGACUAUCGGUACCCUGCUGCAACUCUAAUCUACAUAGCAUCCGUGAUAUUGCUGAUAGUUCCAGUGGUAUAUGAAAAGCAUGGGGAUAUUAUUGACAUCCUUGCUGAGAGGGUCCUGUUUGAGUUGAAUAAUCUAUAUGAAAAUUUGAUGAUGAAGAUUUUCGGGAAAUCGCAAAACUCGCAAGAGUACAUUGAGGAUUAGAAGUAAUGAAAUUCCUUUUCAUGCCAUGCCAUUGAUUAACUAUGUACAAACUUGUGGUUAACACGUAUUAUGUGAUUAACAGAAAUAUAAUGGGGGGAAUA